AUGGAUGGUCACGAUAAAUUUGACGAAAGACGUCUUCCUCCCAAAGAGAAAUUUUACAGCGGAUUAACGGGAGAAGAUAUUAGUGACGAAAAUUACGAACGUGCGAAAAAAGUAUGGAAGGUCUUUGGAAUGAAAAGUAUGUUGGAUUAUCACAAUUUGUAUUUGGUAACGGAUACGUUAAUACUAUCGGACGUGAUCGAAAGUUUUCGGAAACAGAGUAGGAAGACGUACGGUUUGGAUUCUCCGUGGUAUUUCACAUCCCCGGGAUUAUCGUGGGACGCAUGUUUGAAAAUGACUAGGAUAGUCUUACAACUAAUUACAGACGAAAAAAUGUAUAAAUUUAUCGAGAAAGGAAUUCGCGGCGGUGUGAGUACGGCAGUGAUGCGAUACGGUGCCGCCGAUAAUAAGUACGUUGGUAUUUUCGAUAUUCCGGAAGGUGUCAUAGAAUUAAUGAAGAAUUGGAUUUGUGGAUUCGGAACGAUCCGACAGAUAUCGACCGAAAAGUUUUGGAUUUCAAAAACAGACUCUGCAAAUUUCUAUGGAAUUAUA